AUGUCGUCCCCAGCGUCGACCCCGAGCCGCCGUGGCAGCAGGCGGGGCCGAACCGCCCAUCUGGCUACGCGUCAAAGUGAGGAUGCCAGAUCAUCGCCCUCUCAGAGACAGAGAGGUGAAGACUCCACUUCGGGAGAGCUGCAGCCCAUGCCUACCUCACCUGGUGCGGACCUGCAGAGCCCUGCAGUGCAGGACGGCUUGUUUUCCAGCCCUCAGCAGUUGCAUCCUUCAAAUAUCCUUCUGGACUUUGACAUUAGCUCUCCAUUGACGUAUGGCACUCCUAGUUCUCGGGUAGAGGGAACCCCGCGAAGUGGUAUACGAGGCACACCCAUGAGGAUGAGGCCUGACCUUGGAUCUGCACGGAAGGGGCUGCAAGUGGACCUGCAGUCUGAUGGUCCAGCAACAGAUGAUACAGUGGCAAGCGAGCCAUCCCUAGGCCAAAAACUUGUGAUUUGGGGAACAGAUGUAAAUGUGGCAGCAUGCAAAGAAAAUUUUCAGAGAUUUCUUCAGCGUUUCAUUGAUCCUCUGGCUAAAGAAGAAGAAAAUAUUGCCAUAGAUAUUAAUGAGCCUCUGUACAUGCAACGACUUGGGGAGAUUAAUGUUACCGGGGAGCCUUUUUUAAAUGUAAACUGUGAACAUAUAAGAUCUUUUGAUAAAACUUUAUACAGACAGCUUCUUUGCUACCCACAGGAGGUUAUCCCAACUUUUGACAUGGCUGUCAAUGAGAUCUUCUUUGAUCGUUUUCCUGACUCAAUACUGGAGCAUCAGAUUCAAGUAAGACCAUUCAAUGCAUUGAAGACUAAGAAUAUGAGAAACCUUAAUCCAGAAGAUAUCGAUCAGCUCAUCACCAUAAGUGGCAUGGUGAUCAGAACUUCCCAGUUGAUUCCAGAGAUGCAGGAGGCCUUCUUCCAGUGCCAGGUGUGCGCGCACACAGCCCACGUAGAGAUUGACCGUGGCCGCAUUGCUGAGCCCAGUGUAUGUGAUCACUGCCAUACAACCCACAGCAUGGCUCUUAUCCACAACCGCUCUGCCUUCUCCGAUAAGCAGAUGAUCAAACUUCAGGAGUCUCCUGAGGAUAUGCCAGCAGGACAGACACCUCACACGGUCAUCCUUUUUGGUCACAAUGAUCUUGUUGACAAAGUCCAGCCUGGCGACAGAGUGAAUGUCACAGGCAUCUACAGAGCAGUUCCCAUCCGAGUCAAUCCAAGAGUGAGUAAUGUGAAGUCUGUUUAUAAGACCCACAUUGAUGUCAUCCAUUAUCGGAAAAUGGACGCAAAACGCCUGCAUGGGCUUGAUGAAGAAGCAGAACAGAAACUUUUUUCGGAGAAACGUGUGGAACUGCUUAAGGAACUUUCCAGAAAACCAGACAUUUAUGAGAGACUUGCUUCAGCCUUGGCUCCAAGCAUUUAUGAACAUGAAGAUAUAAAGAAGGGAAUUUUGCUUCAACUCUUCGGGGGAACCAGAAAGGAUUUUAGUCACACAGGAAGGGGCAAAUUUCGUGCCGAGAUUAAUAUCCUUCUUUGUGGUGACCCUGGGACCAGUAAGUCCCAGCUGCUGCAGUAUGUCUACAACCUGGUUCCCCGGGGGCAGUACACGUCUGGGAAAGGCUCCAGUGCUGUUGGCCUCACUGCCUAUGUGAUGAAGGACCCAGAGACAAGACAGCUGGUCCUGCAGACAGGCGCUCUUGUCCUCAGUGAUAAUGGCAUCUGCUGCAUCGAUGAGUUUGACAAGAUGAAUGAAAGUACAAGAUCAGUGUUGCAUGAAGUGAUGGAACAACAGACUCUCUCCAUUGCAAAGGCUGGGAUCAUCUGUCAGCUCAACGCACGCACCUCUAUCCUGGCAGCAGCCAAUCCUAUAGAGUCUCAGUGGAAUCCCAAAAAAACCACCAUUGAAAACAUCCAGCUGCCUCACACAUUAUUAUCAAGGUUUGAUUUGAUCUUCCUGAUGCUGGACCCUCAGGACGAAGCCUACGACAGGCACCUGGCCCACCACCUGGUAGCACUGUACUACCAAAGCGAGGAGCAGGCAGAGGAGGAAUUCAUGGACAUGGCAGUCCUACGGGACUACAUUGCCUAUGCACACAGCACCAUCACACCGAAGCUGAGCGAGGAGGCAGGCCAGUCUCUCAUCGAGGCUUAUGUAGACAUGCGGAAGAUAGGUAGUAGCCGCGGAAUGGUUUCCGCAUACCCUCGACAGCUGGAAUCAUUAAUUCGUUUAGCAGAAGCCCAUGCUAAAGUACGGUUUUCAAACAAAGUUGAAGCAAUUGAUGUUGAAGAAGCAAAGCGCCUUCAUCGGGAGGCUCUAAAGCAGUCUGCAACCGACCCCCGGACUGGCAUUGUGGAUAUAUCUAUUCUCACCACAGGAAUGAGUGCCACCUCUCGUAAACGGAAAGAAGAAUUAGCUGAAGCUUUGAAGAAACUUAUUUUGUCUAAGGGCAAGACACCAGCACUAAAAUACCAGCAACUUUUUGAAGAUAUCAGGGGACAAUCAGACAUAGCAAUUACCAAAGACAUGUUUGAAGAAGCUCUGCAUGCCUUGGCUGAUGAUGACUUCUUGACAGUGACUGGAAAGACUGUCCGCUUGCUCUGA